AUGGGCGACGAUGACCCAAGAACAAGACCACACCCGCAAGAUAGACGAUCAAAUUUUUGAGCAAACGAUAGACUGACAGACCUGCGGCCCUUCGGCGCCUCCCUCACAAUGUCUCGCCGCCCGCCUCGUGGAGAGUACAUUGAGACGGACACGGGCAACAAGGUGUCCCGCAAGGCCGUCCUCGUCGGUACCCAGAAUAUUAUGCUGGGUGGCAAGACCGUCAUUCAGCCAGAGGUCAUGAUCCGAGGCGACUUGACUCGUACGUCCACUUCGGGCUCGUCGUCGUCGUCGUCCGAAAGCAAGACGGCUGUUGCUAUCGGCCGGUACUGCUUUUUGAGUCGGGGUUCGUGCCUUAAACCGCCGUCGAGGCUUCAUAAAGGCAUAUUCACCCACAUCCCCCUCCGCAUCGGCGAUCACGUCUUCGUCGGCGAGCGGACCGUCGUCUCGGCCGCCUCGGUCGGAAGCUACGUCCACAUUGGCCACGACGCUGUGGUGGGCGACCUGGUCGUCAUCAAGGACUACGUUCGCGUGCUGGACGGUGCCGUCAUCGCCCCCAACACGGUCGUGCCCAGCUUCAGCAUAGUGGCGGGGAGGCCCGCCAGGGUCGUCGGCGAGGUCCCCGAGGGCGGCCACGAGGCCUUUCAGCUUAGAGAGCUGUACAAGACCGUUGGCAACAACCCCCAGCCUGCUGCUGUCGUCUGAUUUGGUGAUGGGAGCUGUGUUCUUGUGAGGAUUUACUGUGGUUGGGGGAGUGUCUUGCUUAGUGAUGUGAGCAUUUUGCGUUGGAGUUUGGCCUAGAUACCUGAAUUUCUUGUCAUGCCUGUCUUUUGUAGAAGACAGGAAUGAUACUUCUUAUUAUCCG